GGUCAGGAUGUUGGUCGGAGCUGCAUCCUGGUCACUAUUGGUGGCAAAAAUAUCAUGUUGGACUGUGGAAUGCACAUGGGGUAUAACGAUGAACGGCGAUUUCCUGAUUUCGAAUACAUAACUGAAGGAAACUUAACUGAACACUUGGACUGUGUCAUUAUAAGUCACUUCCAUUUGGAUCACUGUGGUGCUUUGCCCUACAUGACUGAGAUGGUCGGUUACAAUGGACCUAUUUACAUGACACAGCCAACGAAAGCCUUGUGUCCAGUCUUGCUGGAAGACAUGAGGAAAGUUGCAGUUGAAAGAAAAAGAGAAACAAAUUUCUUUACGGCCAGCAUGAUUAAAGACUGUAUGAGAAAGGUCAUCACAGUUACGCUGCAUGAGAUCGUACAGGUUAACAAGGAUUUAGAAAUAAAAGCAUAUUAUGCUGGGCAUGUUCUUGGUGCGGCAAUGUUCCACAUCCGUGUUGGGUCACAAAGUUUAGUGUAUACUGGGGACUAUAACAUGACACCUGAUCGGCAUCUUGGAGCUGCCUGGAUAGAUAAAUGUCGACCAGACCUCCUUAUCACAGAAUCCACAUAUGCUACAGCAAUUUGAGACUCAAAACGUUGCAGAGAGCGUGAUUUCUUGAAGAAGGUUCACGAUUGUAUUGACGGAGGAGGCAAAGUUCUUAUACCUGUGUUUGCUCUUGGGCGAGUUCAAGAGUUGUGCAUACUGUUAGACACAUACUGGGACAGAAUGAACUUAAAAGUUCCCAUUUAUUUCACAAUGGGUUUAGCUGAAACGGCAAACAAAUACUACCGCAUGUUCAUAACAUGGACGAACCAGAAGAUACGACGAACUUUUGUACAUCGCAAUAUGUUUGACUUCAAGCAUAUCAAACCUUUUGACAAGUCAUACAUGGAUAACCCUGGUCCCAUGGUCUUUUUCGCCACUCCUGGAAUGUUACACGCUGGACUGUCGUUGGCAAUGUUUAAAAAGUGGGCUCCAAAUUCAAAUAAUAUGGUUAUAAUGCCUGGGUAUUGUGUUCAGGGUACAGUUGGCCACAAAAUCUUAAACGGAGCCAAGAAGGUGGAGUUUGAAAACAGACAGACUGUCGAAGUUAAUCUAGCUGUUGAAUAUAUGUCAUUCAGUGCACACGCAGAUGCAAAGGGCAUCAUGCAGCUGAUUCGACAUAGCGAGCCAAAAAAUGUUAUGCUAGUUCAUGGAGAAAAUGCUAAAAUGGAUUUUCUGAAGCAGAAGAUCAUGCAGGAAUUCAACAUCAAUUGUUACAAGCCAGCCAAUGGAGAAACAAAUUACAUCCCAGUAUCAAGCAAUCUUGAAGUUGAUGUCUCAUUGUCACUCCUCAAACAGACAGUGUCUCCCUCUAGUGCUGGUAGUGUAGCAGUAGCUGUUCCAUCUAAUACAACUACAGAAGAGUCAGAAGCCAAGAGAAAAAAGAUUCUCCAUGGUGUUCUAAUAAUGAAAAAUAAUACCGUCAAGAUUGUCAGUGUUAACGAGGCCUGGGGUGAAUUAGGAGUGACCCCUCAUCAGCUAAGAUUCACCGAGAGGAUUGAAAUUGAUGAUCACGGCCCAGUUCCUGCUCUCACGUCCACACUCCAUUCUCUACUGUCCCAGAAGUUAGGUGCAUCUCAAGUGCAGGCAGUAAAUGAAUACCAGCUGUCAGUAGCAGACACUGUGUGCAUUAAUGUGCAAGAUGAUGAACCAACCAAAACCGUUUUCAUUUCUUGGACACAUCAGGUGAGUAAUUACUUGUUCAUGUUAAUAGCAUUGAAGUAUCAGCUAACACUGUUAGGAACCUGCAUCAGUAUGCUUUCAUUUGGCUUUAGAGGAUAUCUUGGGAGAGGCUAUUAAGGGCACACUUUAUGA